UUUUUUUUCUUUCUUUCUUUCUUUCGUUUUUUUAUUUUUUUUAUUUUUUUAGUCUUUAUAUUUCUUCUAUUUAUUCAAUCUAUAUGUCAAACAUCGAAGAACUCAACGUCCCUUUUGAUCCUUUUGCUGACGUUGAAGAAGAAAGCUCUCCCAAAACCACUAGCUAUAUCCACUUGCGUAUUCAACAAAGAAAUGGUAGAAAGACUUUGACAACUCUUCAAGGACUUCCCACUGAAUAUGAUGCUAAGAAGAUCUUGAAACAAUUCAAGAAGGAAUUUGCUUGUAAUGGUACUGUGGUUGAAGAUGAAGAACUUGGUAAUGUGUUGCAACUCUCUGGUGAUCAACGUUUGAAGAUUGCGGAAUUCCUUGUUAAAGAAGAAAUUGCGAAGAAAGCCAAUAUUAAGGUGCAUGGUUUCUAAACUAUUUUUUGGAAUUCUUGGAUACAUACAACAACACAACGCCAACAACAUAUAACAACAACACCAUCACUAUCAUUAUCUGUUUUUUUUUAUUGUAUUGUUUUCGGUUUUGUUAUCAUCAUACAUACACCUUUAGUUAGUUUUAUAUAGUUUUUGAUCAUCGUUAUAUAUUUUUAUAUAUUGAUGAUUAUUCUUUAUAGUCUUAUUUUUAUUUUAUUUUUUAUUUUUUUUUUUUUUUUG